AUGUCGACACCUUUACUUGUUCACAACACACUCAAACGUGACGGAAAGGAUACUUUCACUUGUGAAGGUCCUAUUAGAUGGUAUUGCUGUGGCCCAACAGUUUAUGACGACAGUCACUUGGGACACGCUAGAACCUAUUUGUCCACUGACAUUUUUAGAAGAAUUUUAGAGGACUAUUUUGGGUACCCUGUCAUCCAGUGUAUGAACGUCACUGAUGUCGACGACAAAAUUAUUUUCAAAGCACGAAAGAACCUUUUGAUUGCAAAGUAUUGCAAAGAGCAUUCCAAAGUCGACACAACUGUUAUCUCCGCGAUGAAAGAGGCUUGGAACGAGCACAAAGCAUCCAUUGAAAAGACGAUGUCCGAGACAAAAGAUGCUGCUAUGCUUGCGCUCUUCAAAGCACAAUUGGAAGAGUAUACCAAAGUGUUUCCAACAUUGGACAAAUUGAUGAACAAAGAGACUACGGAAGUGUUUGCUUCAAUGACAGAUGUCAUGGGAAAGUAUUUAGAUGCGAGACUGAAAGAAACUGUUGACUCUGAUGAAAUGAAAGAAGCCGCCCGUACACACGCAAGAAAGUAUGAAGACCUCUUCUUUGCGGAUUGUGAUGCUCUUGGCAUUAGAAGACCAGACAUCAUUUCGAGAGUCACUGAAUUCAUCCCAGAAAUUAUCGCUUACAUCCAGAAAAUCAUCGACAACGGCUACGCUUAUGUCUCAAACGGAAGUGUCUAUUUCGACACCGCGGCAUUCAGAAAAGCUGGUAUGACGUAUGGAAGAUUGGAGCCAUGGAGUGUCGGAGAAAUCGACGCGCCUGCCGAUGGAGAAAAACACAACAAAAAUGACUUUGCGUUGUGGAAGAAGUCGAAAUCUGGAGAGCCAUGGUGGGCGAGUCAGUGGGGCAAUGGGAGACCGGGAUGGCACAUUGAGUGCAGUUGCAUGGCUUCCAAUGUGUUUGGCGAUACAUUAGAUAUCCACUCUGGUGGAGAAGAUUUGAGCUUCCCACAUCAUGAAAAUGAACUUGCGCAGUCUGAGGCUUAUUUCAACAAGAAGACAAGUUGGGUGAGAUACUUCUUACACACAGGGCAUUUACACAUUAAUGGGUUGAAGAUGUCAAAGUCGCUCAAGAAUUUCAUUACUAUAAAACAAGCUUUAGAGAAGUACUCUGCAACACAACUGAGACUAUUAUUCUUGUUACAAUCGUGGGACACCGUUAUUAACUUCUCUGACACCGCUUUGGAUGAGGCAGUCACUAAAGAAAAAACAAUUUCCGAAUUUUUGGCGACAAUGCACUCUGCACUCAACGGAACACUAAGAGGAUCACCUAUGAACGAGGAAGACAGAGACUUUUUAAACACUUUACAAGCUAAGCGCGCUGCUAUUCACGCUGCGUUGUGCGACAACUUCGACACUCCAACUGCCAUGAAAAACUUGUUUGAGUUGAUCAGAAAGUGCAACAAAUACUUGUCACCAACAGCAAACGUUUUGUUACUCAAAUCGGCGGUUCAUUAUGUUGAGAAGAUGUUGGACGUCUUUGGUCUUGAGAACAAGAAAGUUAGCGGAUCAAGUGAUUUGGCUCCGAUCUUAGACACGUGGUGCAGUUUCAGAACAGAAGUCCGUAAAGAAGCAAUCAAAGCAAAAGACGACAAUAUCUUAGCGUUGUGCACAAAAGUCCGUGACGACGACUUACCCAAAAUUGGAAUCAGAGUCGAAGAUGAUGGAAAGACUCAAUGGAAGUUGGGAGAUCCUAAAGAGAUCAUGGCCGCUCUUGAAGAGAAAAAACGUGUUGCCCACGAACAAGCAAAGAAAAAGAAGGAAAACAAAAAGGCGGAUUUGCUGAAGAAAAUCACUAACUUCAAGGCGUGGAGUGUAAACCCCGAUGACAUGUUCAAGGAGUAUCCUAAGCCCGAAAAUGGUGUCAUUCCAACCGUUGGACUCGAUGGACAACCACUUGGGAAGAAAGCGUCCCAAAAACUCGAGAAACAGUACAAAACAGCACAGAAGAAUUACAACAGCUACAAGACGGAAUUUGACAAAGACAACCAAUUUGUAGAAAAAAUGGAACAACAAGUGCAGACUAUUGAAAAAGAACUCGCUAAUAUGAAAUGA